AAGUUAACCUACGUGUGCAGGCUCACCUGCUGGACAGGUAAUGCAGGACGUGCUUCGGCUCAGCGAUUACGACUGUUUAUAGAGUUUAUAAAAGAAAAAAGGGACUUUUUUAUCGUUUUCUCUGGAUAAUUUGGUUAAUUUUUUCACCACGUGAUAUCCAGCUCGUGAGCCAGGAUGAAAUCUGAGGGUGAAUUUGUGAACCAGCCGGAUAACACGGCCUUCACGCAGCAGCGUCUCCCUGCCUGGCAGCCCAUGCUCUCCGCAGGCAUAGUCAUCCCUCUCUUCACUCUCAUCGGCCUGGCCUUCAUUGGCAUCGGAGUUGCGCUUUUCAUCACCUCGCAGAACAUCAAAGUGCAGGAGUUGGAUUACACAGGCACUGCGACGAGCUCGCCCUGCUUUCAGUGCAGUGGUCUCUCCAUCCAGAACUGCACCUGUGAGCGCAACUUCUCUCUGUCUGAGCUGUUUGAGGGUCCAGUAUUCUUCUACUAUGGCUUGAGCAACUACUACCAGAACUACAGACAGUACGGAGUGUCUAAGGAUGACUACCAGCUCUCUGGAGACACCACAUACUUUCUGAAACCGCAGUCUUACUGCUCUCCCUAUCAGUAUUCCAACAACAAACCCAUUGUUCCCUGUGGAUCCAUUGCAAACAGCAUGUUCAACGACACGUUCAGACUGUAUCUGCUGGUUAAUGGCAGUAGGAAGCAGGUGCCGUUUGAUGGGAAAGGAAUCGCGUGGUGGACAGAUUACAACAUCAAAUACAGAAAUCCUUCUCCAGUCAAUGGAUCUUUCGCAGCAGCUUUUGAUGGGACGACGAAGCCCGUAAACUGGCAGAAGUCAGCGUACGAGCUGGACCCGACUGACCAGGCCAAUAAUGGCUUCCUGAACCAGGACUUCCUGGUGUGGAUGAGGCGUGCAGCGCUGCCCAACUUCAGGAAGCUUUACGGGAGAAUAACGGGAGGAGAUUACAGUCAGGGGCUCCCUGCCGGAAACUACACCCUCCAGAUCAGCUACAAUUACCCUGUGCUGAGUUUUGGGGGCACUAAGAAGGUGGUAUUCAGUAACGUCUCAUGGAUGGGGGGGAAGAACCAAUUCCUCGGAAUCGCCUACCUGGUGAUCGGAUCCCUCUGCGUCGUGAUGGCGAUCGUCAUGCUCAUCGUUUAUGCAAAAUACAAGUUCCCUGACAACGACGAUGCAUAGUGACGAUGAUAUUGCAGUCCUUCAGCUCACAAUGUGAAAAGUUCAGGUUUUUUCUCCAGGUGAUUUCUCCUAAAGCCAUGCAAGCCCCUUAAAGCUCCUGACCUGCUCUGUAGCUCACCUGCACAGGUCUGUUCAGAGCCAAACAGACCUCGAACAUUUGUCACUGUUAUAUUAUGUUAACUUUUAUUUCCUUCCACCUUGGAUCAGUAGAAAUGAUCCAGAAUUACUGAAUCUCAUCACAUUGAAUUCAGUUAAAUUUCAGAGAUUCGAUAUUCUGUUACAGCAGUGGCAGUAAAGUGUACGAUGUACUUUACACCCUCAGGCAAACACUAGAACUGGAGUGAUAUUUAGUGAUAUUUAUUCACAAAGUAAGACUAUCUGCAGCAAAACCUACGCUAAUCUACAUCAGUGCACUAAUUUCAGAAUUUAACUUCAAAGGGCCUAUAUCCUAUAUUUUCCUUUCAUUUUAUUUCCCCCAGCCGAGGUCCCUAUUACUGUACAAUGUUUAUACUCACUAUUUCAAGGUUUAUACUUAUGUUAUAUAACAGUCAUAACUUAUUUUACAUGAUCAUUUUCCAAGCUCUGUUUAUCAAUUGCAAUUAAGCAGGUUAUUACUCUUACUGUGCCUUUAAUACUGAUAUAUGAAAAUGAGCUAUGUUUUGAUUAGCUGCCCUGUAUAAUGUCCUAUUUAAAAAGCAAUCUAGGAUUAAAUGUUCCUUACAGCUCCAGGGUGAGGCUAAACUGCUGUAGGCCGAAUGGGUGGGGAAAAAUUUCUGUGGGUCGAAUAGGCGGGGUUAAACAGCUAUAGGCUGAUUGUGUUGGGUUAAACUGCUUUGAGCAGAAUUUGUGGAUAUAUGUAAAUACAGCCUUUAAUGACAUCACAACCAUGAUGUAUUCAAGAAAGGCUGUUUUUGCAGUUUGUUUUGCUUAAAUGGACCGUGCACAGACUAUAUCACACUCAUUUUAAAAGGAGGGUUGUUAAAGGAGUUUGUUUACAUCUGAUUGUUCAGGUUUUUCACGUUAGGGCCCGACUGAUGUAUCAGUCGACUGAUAAUAUUGGCUGAUAUUGACAACUCGUGAUUUUAUUGGUAUCAGCAAAAAUGUAGCCGGUAAUUACUGACUUUAACAUCUAAUUUCACAGAUAGCAGGCUCCACCCCCUGUGCUGCAACAUUAUUUUAGUUAAAACUGAGAGUUUGUAAGUUUAAGAGGUUUGGACAUACAGAAUGGACAGUCAUAUCAGCUCAGUUGAACUAAAACUGAAGAGAAUAUAAAAUACAACACAAAUGAGAUAUUAAAUAUUCAUUGCUUUUUGGACAUUUUUAAAUCCAAGUCCGUCGGGCUGGAGCUCAAACGCUUCAAAACAGCCUUGAUAUUCUGAACUGAGCUUGUUUAUGGGGGUCUGUUACUCUGUUAUUUCAAAAGCCAUAAUGUUUAAAAAUGAUACUGAGGUUAAAAAUGCAUUUUUGAGGAAAGUGAAUUAGGUUUUAAAUCUAGAAGUAUUAGAUAUGAACCCUUUCUUUAGAACAAAACAGCAAAUGGAGCUGAUUAGUGUUGAAAUAAUGUAGUAACAUCAGAAUGACUCAUGUAAUUACUGUAGUUACUGUAGUUACAGAAUGACUCAUGUAAUUACUGUAGUAAAUCAAUUUAACCAUGCUGGGUCUCUAGUAACUGAUUUCUCAUCUCUGUAUGAAGCCAGAUAAUGUUACAUUGAAAUGGUGUUCUAGUGUAUUAGUGGGCUUUUUUGUCUCAGGUUCUUUUAUUUCUUUGUGUAGGGCUGUAACGGGACAAAACCGUUCAGGGAGCACUUUAACUUUUCCCCCUCUGUUCUCUCAGGGGAGCGGAUGAGAUGAAUAUUUUUGUAAAAUUAAGGAAAUUCUAAAGUUUAUUCUGGUGUAUAUUUUGGUAAAGGGGAUUUUUAAGAUAUGUUUAGAAUCAGAAAAUGAUCUAGACUGAUGUUGCACUGCAGAUUGAUGGAGAAUGUGUUGUAUUGUCUAUAUGGUUCUAUAAAGUGCCAAAAAGUGUUCUGCUAUAGUUACGUCAUCAAGCUUGCAUUCAAAAGCAGAACCAUAUACGACACAUUCUCCAUCAAACUGGAGAACGAUUUCACCAGGCAGAUUCACCAGGUUCUUUGAGUGUUCACAGUUCUGUCUUUGCUAAGAAACCCUUGAAGAACCACCUCUUUUAAGAGUGUCAUUAUUUAAAACAGUAAAUAGCCUCCACCAUCUUCAGAGUAUAUCUGCUGAAACCGAGUGGCUGAAUUUCUGCUCUGUUCUGAAAUAAAAUGAAGAAAAACAUCAGAAA